AUGUCCACCAUCACGUUCUCCCAUCCCACCUACAAAGUCCCCAUUACCUUGCCAUCGGGCCUCUCCCAAGAGCAGCUGUUAGCGUUCCACCCAUUCUCUUCAUGGCUCUCAACAUUGCAAGCCUCACUCUCCGCGCAGCACACCGACCCCACACAUCCCUUCCACGCUGCUCCGUACACUCUCAACUCCAUUACUGUGCAAUCUUAUGACUUGUUCCGUCAUCCUGUCCCACGCCUCGGUUUUGUGAAGCUCACAGCGUCCAUUACCAACAGAAACAGGGAAUCCCUGCCGGGGGCCGUGUUCCUCAGGGGGCCGUCGGUCGCAGUGCUGGUUAUUUUGGUCCCGGAGGAUGUGGGUUCUGUAAAAGAUGAAGAGAAGGAGAGAUGGGUCAUCCUAACGGUGCAACCGCGCCCUGCGUCGGGGAGUCUUGGGUUUGUGGAACUCCCCGCAGGCAUGGUAGACGAUGAGACGGGGGACUUCGCUGGUGCCGCGGCGAGGGAAAUGGAAGAAGAGUUGGAGAUGAAGAUCCGGAAGGGAGAUUUGGUUUGUCUGAGUGAGCUCGCGGGUGACGUCCAGCCAGAGGGGGCCACUGACCAGAGUGGCGUCCCGCUGCCCCAUGGGAUGUACCCCUCUCCAGGUGCAUGUGAUGAGUAUAUCAGGAUAUAUAUGCACGAGCGGCGGGUCCCAAGGGCUCAGCUCGCUGAGUGGGAGGGCAAGUUGACUGGUUUGAGGGAGCACGGGGAGAAGAUUACGCUGAAGCUGAUCAAGAUGAAGGAUCUGUGGAGGCAGGCAGCGAGGGACGCUAAGGCUCUUUCGGCUUUGGCGUUGUGGGAGGGGUUGAAAAGGGAGGGGAAGAUCUAA